UUUUGCUUUUGCCCCCCCCGAAACUCGCCCACUGAGAGCCCGCCAGGUCACGUGACAGCCAAUCAGUCCCGACCGCGCCCAGAAUGGAGACAAACUCGUGCACGCGCCUCAGGUAGGCUGCUCCCGGUCCAGUUCACAGUUUCCUGCCGGAUGGCGUGACGUGGGCCCCGAAACCUGCAAAUGGAUCCGAACCUCAGGAAGCCCUUGCGCGUCUUGUUUCUCGUUUGCGCCGCUUUAAGCGUCCUGCAUGGCUACGCGGGGGAGAUCCCACCUGGACCCCCGGUGGCGGGUGCGGUCACGGUGGUGCCCCCGGUCCAACCGGACGGGCCCCAGGCCUACCCGGAGCUCGAAAAGGACAACUUGCCGGUUUUCACCAUGGACUACCCGAGGAUCCAAAUCCCCUUUGAAAUCACUCUGUGGGUGCUGCUCGCCUCUUUCGCAAAGAUCGGCUUCCACGUGUACAACAAGAUCACCGUGUGGGUGCCCGAGUCGUGCCUGCUGAUCAGCAUCGGCCUCGUGGUGGGCGCCAUCAUGCACUCGGUCAACGAGGAGCCCCCCGCCGUGCUCACGGGCAACGUCUUCUUCCUCUACAUGCUGCCCCCCAUCGUCCUCGACUCGGGCUACUUCAUGCCCACCAGGCCUUUCUUCGAGAACAUCGGCACGGUGCUGUGGUUUGCCGUGGUGGGCACCCUGUGGAACAGCGUCGGCAUCGGCAUGUCGCUGUUCGCCAUCUGCCAGGUCCCCGCCUUCGGCGUGCAGGACAUCAACCUGCAGGAGAACCUGCUGUUCGCCGCCAUCAUCUCGGCCGUGGACCCGGUGGCGGUGCUGAGCGUCUUCGAGGACGUGUCGGUCAACGAGCAGCUCUACAUCGUGGUGUUCGGGGAGUGCCUCUUCAACGACGCCGUCACCGUGGUUCUGUACAACAUGUUCACCUUCGUGGCGGAAAUGCCGGUGGUGGAGCCGGUGGACGUUUUCCUGGGCGUGGCCCGCUUCCUGGUGGUGGGCUCGGGCGGCAUGGCCUUCGGGGCGCUCUUCGGCUUCGUGGCGGCCUUCACCACCAGGUUCACCUCCGAGGUCCGGGAGAUCGAGCCGCUCUUCAUCUUCAUGUACAGCUACCUGGCCUACCUGGUGGCCGAGCUCUUCGCCAUCUCGUCCAUCAUGGCCAUCGUGACGUGCGCCCUCACCAUGAAGUACUACGUGGAGGAAAACGUCUCGCAGCGCUCGUGCGCCACCAUCCGCCACGUGGUCAAGAUGCUGGGCUCCAUCUCGGAAACGCUCAUCUUCUUCUUCCUGGGCGUGGUUACCGUGACGACGGAGCACGAGUGGAACUGGGGCUACAUCCUCUUCACGCUGCUCUUCGCUUUCGUCUGGCGGGGUCUCGGUGUCUUGGUGCUGACCCAAAUCAUCAACCCCUUCCGCACGAUCCCCUUCAACCUCAAGGAUCAGUUCGGCCUGGCCUACGGCGGCCUGCGGGGGGCGAUCUCCUUCGCCUUGGCCUUCACGCUGCCCGACAACGUCGGCCGCAAGCAGCUCUUCGUCACCGCCACCAUCGCCAUCAUCAUCUUCACCGUCUUCGUGCAGGGCAUCAGCAUCCGGCCUCUGAUCGAGUUCAUCAACGUGCGCCGAACCAACCGCAACCUGGACACCAUCAACGCUGAAAUCCACUGCAGGCUGAUGGAGCACACCGUCGCGGGCAUCGAGGACCUUUGCGGCCAGUGGAGUCACUUCUACUGGAAGGACAAGUUCAUGAAGUUCAACACGCGCAUCCUUCGUCGCAUCCUGAUCCGCGACAACCGCUCCGAGUCGAGCAUCGUGGCGCUGUACAAGAAGCUGGAGCUGCAGAACGCCAUGGAGAUCCUGGACACGGUGUCGGGAGAGCUCAGCGCCGCCCCGUCCGUCGUCUCGCUGCGUGAAGAGCGGAAAGGUCCCGCUAAGCCCAAGAAGAAGUUCUUGGCCGCCGAUCUGAGGAGCAUGCACGACAUUCUGGCCAAGAACAUGUACAAGAUUCGACAAAGGACGACGUCGUACACCAGCAAGCACGCGUUGCCCAACGACAGCCGCACCCGAGAGAUUCUCAUCCGGCGCCACUCCAGCAUCCGGCGCAGCCUCCGCCCGGGAAGCUUCCAGACGGCCGCGGCGCCCAAAUCGCACAAGUACUUCUCGCUCCCCGCUGGGAAGAACUUGAAGUCCAACUUCCCACGCGACUCGGAUGAUCAAGAAACCACGUCGGAGAUGUCGUUCCCCGCCAGACGCUUUCGUUUGGCCCCGCCCUCGCGCUCCCCGUCCGGGGCGCCGUUGCCACUGCGCCGCCUGCACGCGCUGGAGGAAGUGCCCUCCGUGGACUUCCUGGACGAAAGACGGGCGCGCGCAGGCCGACCCGGACGACGUCCCUCCUCCGGUGAACGUCGGCGGAGUGCGGACGCUUCCGGAAAAGAAAACGCUGACGACGCGGGACCCGCCGUGGCCCCCGCCUGGGCCGCGGAACCUCCAGACGGCGCCACGCGGAACCCUCUGCUCAGGGCGCCUCAAUGGAAACCCAAAAAGUGACGACUUUGUGGCUUUGUAAGUACCCCCACUCCCCAUCCCCAACAGAAAUUGAGUCGACCACGAACAAUGACUGAUGUGAUCAACUUGAAAAGUUAAAUUUUUUCCCAGCUUUACGAUUUUUGUAAUGCACAAAUCUUUUAAGCUGAUUAUCUUUUAUAUAUGUACCAGUAAACAUUGUUUUUAAUUUA